UAUCACGUGGCAGUGAUGAUGGCAGUGAUUGGCCGAUCUGGUGUGGCUGGCAAGUGGCUGAGGUCUGACAUCACAUCAAACCGCUCCGCAAAGCGGUUUUGUCUGCAAACGAGGAAACCCUACUUGUGUUUCUUGGGCAAUUAGAGCAGCUUGGUCGAGAGCAAGGGAUGAUAAUCGCAUACUAUGUGUGCUACAGAAAUGCAUUUUCGAUCUCCUCAAGCUCUCUUACGAUCUAUGGCUGCUGGCACCUUCGAGCUUCCAAGGCGGCUGGCAGUUGAGUUGCCCUGGUUUCCGCGCUAAUUCCAGCCAAUCGCAUUUACCUGUCCCCUAAGCGCCUGCGACCCUGCUUACGCUUACCCAGCGUACAGUACACCGGAUGAAUUGUUUACCUGGGAUAUGUCAGCUUACAUUCAUUCAAAAGUGCCCCUCACCAUCGCAGAGAACUAACAGUAUAUGAAUUCUCGUCCAGGGCAUCCUCCAACCAUUUAUCCAUAUAUCCCAUUGAGGUUUUGCUUCCGUUUUUGAUAGCCAUUCUCAUAUUCUCGACUACUAAUCAUGGGUGGUGAAGCUGGUGCGGGCAACCUUCCUAUCCCAAUUGCGGACUUGACAGAAAUUGCGACCGAGGCAUGCGACACGGCAUUGGAAGAUGUUAAAGGCUACGUCCACGAACAAGUCGGCCAAUGGAGCUCUCAUAUAAUCAACACAGUCCUCCAAGCACUCAUCGCAGCCACAACGCCCGAUCAGCCCGACGACGCCGAACCCGAUACCCCCCAAACCCCACCAUACCGCUUCAACGUAAAUUGUACGAUCAUACAACAAGGCGUAACAGCGUUAGAGACCCCAGAGUCUCGCGAGAAGGCUGGUAAGCGGGGGAUGCACUCCGCUUCCGGCGCAUACUGGGAUGUUAGCCGUGAUGGGAUGUGGACGUUCAAGUACCCGAACGCGGAAGAUAAGGGGCUGGAUUUGGUUCUGAAUAUUGUGUGGUUUGGGACGAAUUGAUUGUGCUUUGACGUGGUCUUUUUGUCUCUUAUAUAUCCCUCUUCUUUCUAUCUUCUUUCCCUCUUCUCUCCAAUCAGCUGGCGGCCAUAGAUCUGGGCGAUAAAUCAUACCUAAGUUCUUAUCUACUAUUUACAUUUUCACUCUCUCUCUCUCUUUUUUUUUUUUUUUUUUUUUUUUUUUUUUUUUUUUUUUGGUUUCUCGCCUAUAUAACUUGUUGGUUAGAUUUCCGAUUUAUAUACUGGAUGUUGACUGUAUCAUUGAGGACUGCUGCUUUUAGCUAGAUUCUAGCCGGCUAGGAUAACGAAAAGUGCACAUCUUGACCUAGUGAAUUCCAAGAGAUGUGUUUUGAACGGGGAUUCACGUUGCCCCCCCAUCAGUAUUCGCUUGUACUCUGUACUACCCUCCCUGUUAGAAGGGGCGGAUAACAGAGGGGGAAGGGGAUGAGUAAAGCUCCAUGUUGCACAAAGCACAUCGCCAGAUUGCACACCUAAGACAUAACAUAUAUAUACAUUCCAAACAAAGAGAAACACCGUUAUAUAAGUUCACCAUUUCAGCUAUUAGAC